CGGUAUUAUUUCCGUCACAACAUCCGAUCGUCAGGCUAUUGACCGAGUGGUGUUACAUCCAUACAUCCCUAGUUACAGCUGUGAGAGAUGGCAGGUUCAAGGUUACCUGUCGCAGCGCUGUCUUUAAAACAGUUUUUACAGAGACAGAAAGUUUUGGGGAUUUACAGGAACAUGUUGAGAACCAUACGGAAGGUACCAGACGAGACAGACAGGAAGUACCUCAGAGACUGGGCGAGAGACGAGUUCAAGAGGAAUAAAACCGCCACAGACCAGGAUGCCAUCCGGAUGAUGAUCACACAAGCUAACAACCACCUGGAGGAGCUUCAGAAGUCUCUGGCGUUGGCAGGGAGUUAACACAGGCUGCUCUCUGUUACUGGAAGUGAACAAUGCAGGACGGAUUGAAACUCUUGGAUACUGGUUCAAGGCUGCUGGAUUAAUGGGACUGACCUCAUCCUGUGCUGCUGAUGAAGAUCUUUUACUCAUCACCAUGUGAGGCUGCCUGAGUUCAUCUGACAGACUCUUGUUUGUGUUGUAUAUAUGUAAUAAACAGGAAAACAUGAAAACACA